CUCCAUGGAGAUGAGUCCUUGGUUCCAGUUCAUGCUGUUUAUCCUGCAGCUGGACAUUGCAUUCAAGCUGAACAACCAAAUCCCCCUGAGUCUCUGUACUGCCUGGUGUCUCCAAGUCCAGAAUCUCCCCUCAAACUGUGAAAAGACUGGAAAAUCUAGAAGACCCAGAGAUCCAGUGAUUUUGUAUACGGAGUUUGAACAAGAUUCCUGUUGUCUGCACUGUGCCUCAUCUCUGUCUUCAGCAAUACCAGUGUUUUCAAAUUUUUAGUUCCUUGGGGGUCUGCUGGACAUGAUGCCUCACUUUUCCGCAAUAUCCCUUCUGUAGUGGUUUAGGCUAUGCUCCUCUCUGUGGCUGUUAAGAAGUCUUACUUCAUCUAUUUUUCAUUUUUUAAAAAGUUGUUGCAAUCCUUGAUCUGUUCAUGUCAUUACCAUGCUUUUCCCCCUUUUGAUUUAAUAUCCUUUGAAUUCCUUUACUAUUUGUUCUGUGGCAUUUCAGGAGGGAGAGGAAGAAAAUAGGAAUGGCCAAUUUACUGUGUUUGGAAAUUUAAAUAGUACUAAUAGAGUAACGGGGCAGUGGUGUUCAUAGAGGGUUUCAUCUAUAUCCAGAUGGCCUCAAAUGUCCCCUUUUCUUGAAUUCUUUCUUUCUCUUUCUGGAUUUCAGAGAACUUGGGGUUCACAUUGGCUCCGGGUCACACUGGGUCAAUGGAUAGGAAGCCCUAGUUUUCCAAACAGUAGUUAUCAUCUGUUUUUAGAGCCUUAGAAUUGAACCCCUUCUCAUAAUGCCAGUGAGAACUGGCUCUCCAAUCAAUCAUAUUGGAAAUGUGAUUUGUUUUUUCCCCCCCAUUAAGACUCUUCUGUUCUUGAACUUGAUCAGCACUGUAUAAGACAAAAUGGAUGGAUGCAAUAUUUAUUCAUCUCAUCUCCUUAAUGAGUUCUGUGCUAAGAGAGAAAACACCAGCAGAUGAAGCAUGAGUUUCAGGCGCCUAAGGCACUUUGGUGGAAGAAGGACCUCACGUUCCAUGGAACUCCUCUGGGCAGACCUAGGACCUGUGUUGCAAGUCUCAGGAAGAUAAGUGCUGAUCAUGAGUCACAAUCUGACCAUUUGAGCUGCUUCAAAGCGAGAGAAAAUGCAGAAGUUUCCAUGGAUGUUUCUCUGGCUUACCGUGAUGAUAUGUUUGCUGAAUGGACUGAAAUGGCCCAUGAGAGAGUGCCUCGGAAACUCAAAUGUACCUUCACAUCCCCCAAGACCCUGGAGUAUGAGGGUCGUUACUAUGAAUGUGAUGUCCUUCCUUUUAUGGAAAUCGGGUCUGUGGCUCAUAAGUACUAUCUUCUGAACAUACGGCUGCCUGUGAAUGAGAAGAAGAAAAUCAACGUUGGAAUUGGGGAGAUAAAGGAUAUUCAGUUGGUGGGAAUCCAUCAAAAUGGAGGCUUCACCAAGGUGUGGUUCGCCAUGAAGACCUUCCUUACACCCAGCAUCUUCAUCAUUAUGGUGUGGUAUUGGAGGAGGAUCACUAUGAUGUCCCGACCCCCAGUGCUUCUAGAAAAAGUCAUCUUUGCCCUUGGGAUUUCCAUGACUUUUAUCAACAUCCCGGUGGAGUGGUUUUCCAUUGGCUUCGACUGGACCUGGAUGCUGCUGUUUGGCGACAUCCGACAGGGCAUCUUCUACGCGAUGCUUCUCUCCUUCUGGAUCAUCUUCUGUGGCGAGCACAUGAUGGAUCAGCAUGAGCGGAAUCACAUAGCAGGGUAUUGGAAACAAGUUGGACCAAUUGCUGUUGGCUCUUUCUGCCUCUUCAUAUUUGACAUGUGUGAGAGAGGGGUACAGCUCACGAAUCCCUUCUACAGUAUCUGGACUACAGAUGUUGGAACAGAGCUGGCUAUGGCCUUCAUCAUUGUGGCUGGCAUCUGCCUCUGCCUCUACUUCCUGUUUCUGUGCUUCAUGGUGUUUCAGGUGUUUCGGAACAUCAGUGGGAAGCAGUCCAGCCUGCCAGCCAUGAGCAAAGUCCGGCGGCUGCACUACGAGGGGCUGAUUUUCAGGUUCAAGUUCCUCAUGCUGAUCACCUUGGCCUGUGCUGCUAUGACUGUCAUUUUCUUCAUUGUUAGUCAGGUGACUGAAGGCCAUUGGAAGUGGGGCGGUGUCACAGUUCAAGUGAACAGUGCCUUUUUCACAGGCAUCUAUGGAAUGUGGAACCUGUAUGUCUUUGCUCUGAUGUUCCUAUAUGCACCAUCCCAUAAGAACUAUGGGGAAGACCAGUCCAAUGGUGAUCUGGGUGUCCACAGUGGAGAAGAACUCCAGCUCACCACCACCAUCACCCACGUGGACGGGCCCACCGAGAUCUACAAGUUGACCCGCAAGGAGGCCCAGGAGUAAGAGGCCGCAGCACCCGCUGGGACCGUCCCCCACAUCCCAGCCCCUCGAACUAGAGUGAGGAGUGUGCCAGAGAGAGCUCAGAUGCAAACGAAUGCUCGAGGCUCUUAGCCAGGGUUGCCCGGGCCUGCGGCGUGGACAUUUGUCAGUUUGCCUUCUGACUGUAGCUCUCGGAGGAAGAUUCCUGUGGCCACUGACGCGCUGUGUAUGAUAACAAAACCUCUGAUACGACACAUUUUCUGGGAUCAUUGUUAAUUAGUGACAUAGUAACAUCUGUAGCAGGUGGUUAGUAAACCUCAUGUGUUGGGGGUGUUCUCCUUGGGGGAUGGUUUGGGCCAGAUGGGGUCUAUAUGGAGUGGAAUUAUUUGACUCUUUUUCCUGUUUUAGAUUCUAGGAUAGAUUCUAACAUUUUUUGCAGCCCAAGAUACGCUGAUGUCAGUCUCCUCAAUUCUAGUCUGUGACCACUUGUGGUGUUUUUUUUUUUUUCUAUUUAUACCACCAAGUAGCCUAUUGAGUUAAUAUUUAAGUUGUCAAUAGAUAUGUGUCCCUAUUUUUUAUGGCAUAAUAUAAAAUAACCGAAUCUCAUGAGAAGGUCUGCUACGCCGGGGGCAUUUCAGCUUUGAAACCAAAUCUGUAUACCCAAUACUAACCAGUCUUUUGGAUGUGGGUUUUAAAAAGAUGUUUGCUAAACUACCCAAGUAGGAUUUACUGUAUUAAAUGGCCUUUGGGUCUGAAAAGCUUUUUUAACCUCUUGCUUAAAAUGUGUUUUCUUUUGAUAAGAUGCUUCCAACAGCCUCCAACAGUGUAGGCCUGAUCAUUUAAAUAAACCUGUACGUGUACGCGCA